AUGGCAGCCUCUUCCACGAUCGUCCUGAUCACAGGCGCAAAUUCCGGCAUUGGCUUGGCCACAUCAGGUGUUAUAGCAAGUGCCUCAGACAAGUACCAUGUCAUAAUGGCAAGCAGGAAUAUCGAGAACGGAGAGAAGGUUUUGGAAGAAGUCAGAUCGAUGCCAGACAUAAAGGGCGAGCUGUCCUCAAUUCAGUUAGACGUCAACGACCCCGAAUUAAUCAGCAGAGCGGCGAACGAGGUUCAACAGAAAUUUGGCCGUCUUGAUGUGCUUGUCAACAACGCCGGCAGAGGUUUCAACGAAAUGAACCAAGAAACCUUGCAAAGUACCUUUCUGACCAACGCCACGGGUCCAGUAUUGGUGUCAGAGGCAUUCAAGCCUCUUCUCUUGAAAUCCCAGGAUCCACGUUCAAUUUAUGUCUCCAGUGGUCUGGGUUCGCUGAGCAUCGCUAGUGACAAGAAACAUAAGGACUACGCAAUUGAUUAUGUCCCAUAUCGCAUGAGCAAAGCGGCUUUGGAUAUGUGGGUAAUUCAGGAAGCAAAACAGAUGGAUGGAAAGUUGAAGGUGUUCGCUAUGUGUCCUGGACUUGUCGUAUCCAAUCUGCGAGGAACAUCCGAGGAGGCAAGAAAUGCAGGUGGAUAUGCAGGAAGUCCCCUGGUCUCUGGUGAGACUAUACUGAGUAUUGUUGAAGGAAAGAGAGACGCCGACGUUGGGAAAUUCGUGCAUAAGGAUGGGGUGUAUGAAUGGUAA